CCGCGUUCUAUCCCUAGUGUAGCCACGUUCGGUUGAGCCGGGGGCAGCCGCGGUGGCGGCAGCGGUAGGAGCAGCUGGGAAAGGAGCCGAGGACAGGGGCAGGGCGAUGGGGUCGCGGCCGGGGCUUUGACAGCUGCAAGCAGGACGAGCGGUGCGACCGCAGCGGAACCCGGGCCGGCUCCAGCCGAGGAAAGGCGCGAGGUUCGGGAGACGGGAAAGCAUCGGAGCAAUUUAGGCAGCGGCGGCGGCAGCAGCUUUAGUUUCGCCUCUUUCUUACUGCGGACCAUGUUCGCUAAAGGCAAAGGCUCGGCGGUGCCCUCGGAUGGCCAGGCUCGGGAAAAGUUAGCUUUGUAUGUCUACGAAUACUUGCUGCACGUAGGAGCACAGAAAUCGGCACAGACCUUUUUAUCAGAGAUCCGAUGGGAAAAAAACAUCACACUAGGAGAACCUCCUGGGUUUCUACAUUCAUGGUGGUGUGUAUUUUGGGACCUUUACUGUGCAGCUCCUGAAAGGCGAGAUACUUGUGAACACUCAAGCGAAGCAAAAGCCUUUCAUGAUUAUAGUGCAGCUGCAGCGCCAAGUCCAGUACUUGGAAACAUUCCUCCAAAUGACGGAAUGCCAGGAGGACCCAUUCCUCCCGGUUUCUUUCAGGGACCGCCUGGCUCUCAGCCCUCGCCACACGCACAGCCUCCACCUCACAACCCCAACAGCAUGAUGGGACCGCACAGUCAGCCUUUUAUGUCACCGAGAUACGCAGGAGGCCCACGGCCCCCCAUUAGAAUGGGAAACCAGCCUCCAGGAGGUGUUCCUGGUACACAACCAUUGCUGCCCAACUCCAUGGACCCUACACGGCAACAAGGGCAUCCCAACAUGGGUGGGCCGAUGCAAAGGAUGAAUCCUCCUCGAGGAAUGGGACCGAUGGGCCCAGGUCCACAGACUGAUCCUUGGUUAUCAUUGCAGAACUAUGGCGGCGGAAUGAGACCUCCACCCAACUCUCUAGGGCCCGGCAUGCCUGGGAUUAACAUGGGUCCAGGAGCUGGUAGACCAUGGCCCAACCCCAACAGCGCUAACUCAAUUCCCUAUUCUUCUUCAUCACCUGGUACAUAUGUGGGGCCCCCUGGUGGCGGAGGUCCUCCUGGAACACCCAUCAUGCCUAGCCCUGCAGAUUCGACAAAUUCAAGUGACAACAUCUACACAAUGAUUAAUCCUGUACCGCCUGGAGGCAGUCGGUCGAAUUUCCCAAUGGGGCCUGGAUCAGAUGGUCCCAUGGGAGGCAUGGGUGGGAUGGAACCCCAUCACAUGAAUGGCUCAUUAGGGUCAGGAGACAUUGAUGGACUUCCAAAAAAUUCUCCAAACAACAUAAGUGGCAUUAGCAAUCCUCCGGGCACUCCACGAGAUGAUGGUGAAUUGGGAGGCAACUUCCUCCAUUCCUUCCAAAAUGACAACUAUUCUCCCAGCAUGACAAUGAGUGUGUGAUUUCCCUCUUCCUUCGCCCCACAUCCUCUUCUCCAGGAUAAAGAAAAAGUCGGCUGCCCUUUGGAGGAUCUCAAGAAUUUAUGCAAGACGAGAAGAAGCUUACGUGCGUUUGGCAGGGAGACAUUCAGAGACGGAGAUCCAGCCCUAAUUUUUAGUUUCAUGCAAUAAAAAGGCUGAACUUUUUAUUCCAUAAAACAAUGAAGGACAAAUCUUUAAAAUAUUUCAAGACAUGACAAGAUCCUUCUUCUGCAGAAGGAUUUAUUAUAUGUAUAUGACACUUUUUUUUGUUCAUUUUUUGGAAACAAACGGAAGCCUCUAGCACCCAAUUCCAGCCUCCCUUGCUUGAUUAUUCUUUUAAACUUCUUGUAUGUUUGUGCUGUGCUACGCAAGGAAACUAGUCUAGAUAUGAAAUCUCAUGUUGUCUCUGUAGCCAUUUUAAAAUAAUAAAACUGGACAGGUUUUUUUAAAAUAAAUUGGUGGGUUUUGUUCAGAAGACCUCCCUCCCCCCGCUCCCCCUUCCCCUUUUAGGUUGGUGUCUUGCAGCACAACACUUCCUUCAGCAAGAAGAUCAGAGUGGAAAACAUUUCCCCUGCCUCAGUUUGUAAUGCAGCUGGCUCCCUUGUAGGAUCACAUCCUCCAAAAGUUUAAUUGUGAUCUUGGGUAUAUCUGUGACUGUGGCAUGCACUGUUUUAGUCCCCUCCCUUGCUUGUCCUCCCUCUUCCCCCCCCCCCCCCCGCCCCACCCAAAGCACUGCUAUGCCCUUUUGCAGAAUUUGGAAAAUGUCAGAAUUUCUGGGAGGUGGGUAUUGAGGGUUAGGUACAGUUAGUCUUAGACUUACAGCCAGAAUUGGGAUUCGUUGCUUAGCAAUGCAAGAGUUAAGCACAUCAUCACAUGACUGGACUUGAUUUUUACGGCCAUUUUUUCCAUGGCCAUUAAGCGAAUCUGGGUGUUAAGCGAAUCUGAUUUCCCCCAUUGACUUUGCUUGGUAGAAGCUUGUGAAGGUAGCUAAUUGUGAUCACAUGACCGUAAGACUUUGCCACCAUCAUUAACAUGAGCCAGUUGCCAAGUGUCUGAAUUGUGAUCACAUGGCCGUGGGAUGAGGGGGGUGAGGGUCAUAGUUUUGUGGAUGGGUCAUAAGUCACUUUUUCCAAGGCCAUCAUAACCUCAGAGCAUUGUUAAAUAGUUGUAAGUCAAUUAACUAUCUGUACUUGGGAUUUUUUUUCCCCGGUUGGGACAAUGUCAGAAAUAAAAUGAAAAGGCAUUAAAAACUUGACUCAAGAACUGGUGAGAGCAAACUUCUUAACAACUGCUUUGUUUUUGUUUUGGGUUUUCUAAAUGAAACGAUGUGAUCUUACUAGGGUUUCACUGUAUAUGCUCUGGAACUGGAUGGAGAUAUUUUUAAGUAAUUAUUGUUGUUAAAUUGUAUACUUGCUAUUCUGUAGGCUCUCUCUCCCUCCUUCUCACUCUGUAAUUAAAAGCAGAAUUUAAAAAUAAAUAAAAUAAAUCUUACCUUCUCCUGGUAGGGGUGACUACAGAAAAGCAUAUCAUGUAUAGUGAAACUCGCAAGUCUUGAGAUCUCUGUACAUUACACUCCCUUGUAGCUGGUCUUUGUUUUAUAUAAAAGAAAAAAAACCCUUCACUUCUGAUCUAUGUAUUUCAUAUUAUGUAAAAUAUUAUCUUACCCUGGAUUUACCUACCUUUGUGCGGAUUCUUGAGAACAUUGUACCUUGUUUCAGUGUUUUUUCUUACCUUGUAGUCUGGUUCUAAAGUUAAGCGAGGGAAAGGAAAAGUAAUUAUUAUACAUUGUAGUUUGUGUACGAUAUUUGUUGAUAAUGUUUUAUUAAAGGGAUGUCUUUUUUCUGCACCCCUUAAUGAAAUGUUUUUUUUUUUUUUACUUAUGGCUUUGUUUGGGUUUUUGUUUUGUUUUUCUUUUUGGUUUGGUUUCAUUUUGGAAAACAUUGGCUUAUUUUUACUCUAUCAAAAAAAGUACUUGAAACCGUGUAAUUUUUAAGAAGACAAUGAUUUUUUUAAAAAAAGAAAUGCUUCCCCUUUUCUUAGGCAUUUUGAUUAAGUUUUUUUUUUUUCCUGUAGAGAGAUGACGGGGAUGGGGUGGGCAAAUGAAGAUUCUCACAGUUACAGUCA